AUGCAAACAAGAUACUUAUCAUACACCACCAAACUUCUAUCUAAACCAUUAAAAGUGGCAAUUGUUGGAACUGGUCCCGGUGGGUUUUAUACUGCUCAUCAUUUACUCAAUAAAUCUUCCCCAGAUGUUAAAUUUAAUAUAGAUUUCUUUGAGAAAUUACCCACACCAUAUGGAUUGAGUAGAUAUGGGGUUGCUCCUGAUCAUCCUGAAGUUAAGAAUUGUGAAGAUCAUAUGAAUAAUAUUAUGGAAGAAUUUGGGAGUGGUUCAGAUGGACGCCAUAAAGUAAGGUUUUUGGGAAAUGUAGAAAUUGGUAAAGACGUUAGUUUAAAAGAUUUGGAAAAACAUUAUAAUUCUAUUGUUUUAGCAUAUGGAUGUACUAGUGAUGAUAAUAAACUAAAUAUCCCUGGUGCUAAUUUAUCUGGUGUAGUUCCUGCCAGACAAUUUGUUAAUUGGUAUAAUGGACAUCCAGAUUAUUAUACAAAGAACAACAAGUACAUCCCACCACCAUUAGAUAAAAUCAAAACUGUUAGUAUUAUAGGGAACGGAAACGUUGCCUUGGAUGUUGCAAGAAUAUUACUUGCGGAUCCCAAAGAACAUUGGAGCAAAACUGAUAUAUCAACAGAUGCACAAAAGUUAUUGGAGAAAAGUACAGUCAAACACGUUAGAAUUGUUGCACGUAGGGGUAUCCUUGAAUCGGCAUUUUCCAACAAGGAAAUUAGAGAAUUGUUUGAAUUACCAGUCAGAUUCAUCCCAUUAGAAACAGGAUUAUUAGAUAAAUUGGAUGUCAAAAAAUUGGGACGUGUUGACAAGAGAAGAGUUUCAAUUAUUGAAAAAUACAACAAUGCGCCUCCUAAGGAUUCAGAUAGAUCCUGGUCAUUGGAAUAUUACAAGAGCCCAGUUGAAUUUAUUGCUGGAGAUGAUUCACUUCUUAAGUCUACUAAAUUUGUUAGAAAUGAGCCUGCUAAUGAUCCAUUAUUGCCCCAUAAAGUUGUGUCCACCAAUGAAUACACAACCGAAGACAAUGAACUUGUGAUAUUGUCCAUCGGCUAUCAAGGUUCCGCAUUAUCUGGAUUUGAAGAAUUGGGAAUAUGGUACGAUGGAAAGAAACUCCAUAACAAGAAUGGCAGAGUCUUAUCUACUGAAUCAAAAGAUAAAGAUGAACAUAAUGCGAUUUUUAAAACUGGCUGGUAUGCUGCUGGUUGGAUCAAGAACGGUCCAAAGGGUGCUAUUGCUACCACCAUGAUGGAUUCAUUUGACACUGCUGACAAUAUGUUGGAAGAUUUAGCAAAUGAUAAGUAUAUCAAAGUCAAGGAUGACGAACAUGAACUCAAUCUACCAAACGCGAUAGAUUGGGAACAAUGGAAGAAAUUAAAUGAGUAUGAAUUGGGAAAGGGAGAAGAACUCGGAAAAUUCCGCUACAAAGUUUGCAAUAAAGAUGAAAUGUUGGACAAAAUGUAUUAA